UUCUGUGAUGGUACUUAGAAUAGCUUUUUCGCGCUUCACGAUAACUCACCGGUAAUAUAAAAUAAGCUUAAAUAAGAUAUUGCGUUUAAAGUGCAUAUCCACAUGCACAUUGUGUUCAACGAACUAAUUAAAUUGUGAUCAAUAAAAUGUCCACCACGCCAACCGAAACGUCAUUACCACCAGUCUAUCUCAACGCUGACUACAUUAAGCGCGCACUAGAAAGCCACUUUAAUGGUGCAGUUGGUGACAGCAACAAAAAUGUCGUAGAUGUAUUGGAAUGUUAUUGGAAACGUGCAAUUGCAGAUGGUGAAAAUUUUUGCAGCGUCAUCUAUCGAGCAAAAGUACAUUUCCUUUUGUACAGCUCAGGUGCGCGAAAUUCAAGUGAAAAGCGCGAAAUAACGGUAAUUGUGAAGGAUGUGAUAAGAGAAAUAUCGGAACUCGGUUCGAAUGAGUUGGCAAUGUAUCGACAUGUGCUGCCGGAAAUACAGCAAAUACUCGCGCAAACGGUUAGAGAGAAUAAAAAUGAAAAUGAAGCGAUAAAGCCAAAAUUGUAUGCAAAUUGUUUCUUUUGUGAGCGUGAUGAACGUGAAAUUUACGUAUUAGAAGAUCUAAAUACGGCUGAUUAUCGCAGCGUGGACCGUUAUGCAGGUCUGAAUUUGGAGGAAGCGAAACUGGUGCUGAAGAAGCUGGCGCAAUUCCAUGCCGCUUCCAUGAAGUAUAUUGAGAAGUUCCCUGCUGAAACGGCUGCACUUUUGCCAUCAACCUUUGACAAUGCUCUUGACAACGAUGUUUUCUUCAAUGGCAUUGCUUUGGGUGGCAUACGCGCAGCUUCUAAAGUCGUAGGGGAAUGGGCGGACUUCGAAGAUAUCGCAGCGAAAAUGCGCUUAUCUCUCGUGAAAUUUGAUGAAUGCGCCAAACGAAUAAUGCAAAAGGAACGUUGCCGUUUCAAGGUCAUUACACAUGGUGAUCUAUGGGCAAACAACAUACUCAUGAAAUAUGCGACAGUGGAGGGUGCGGAGGUGCCAGAGGACGCGGUGUUUGUCGACUUUCAAAUGGACUUCGUUGGAAGCUGUGGCUACGAUAUCAAUUUCUUUCUCAAUACCAGCGUACAAUUGACUAUCUUGAAAUUGCAUCGCUAUGAGUUAUUACGUCAUUACUACACCAAUUUAAAGGCGACACUGAAAAAUUUAGGUACUCAAGAUGCUGACAUACCCAGUUGGCAAAUGGUGAUGGAGGAAAUACGUGAUCUUGAAUUUAUUAGCUACUAUGCCAUGGUUUGUGAAUUGCCACUGUGCUGCAUGGAUCGUGAGGAUUCACAGGGUCUAACAUUAAAAUGUUUGAUUGAUCCGGCAAUCCAGCCAGCAAAGCAUAAGCUGAUGUAUGAGAACAAGCGUGUCUUGGAAAUGUUGCAUUAUGGUUUGGAUCGUCUGAAUGAAUUGGGGGUAUUGGAUUUCUAAGGGCAUUAUAUUAUAUGUAAUUCAGGCGCAAACAAUUUUUUACAAAAAAGAGGUUGUCUGUAAAGUCGGUUUACUGACGAUA